UUGUCUGUACUGUUAAACAGCGUUUAUUUUGCUGCCGCAUCUACCGAUGAGCGAGUAAAAAGUGCAAAGUGGUUGUCUGACGUCUCAGUUGUUGAUUUGCAGCAGUGAUCAUUACAGUUGUAAGAAGAGGUGGCUCUCCUCCAACGAAUCGACGGUGUAUGUUUUUAACAGUGUGACGAUCCGUACCUACCACAAUCGGUUUUCGUGAAGUUCUUGGCUUUGCUGUCAUUGCUAGUUUGUCGAACGAAGGCGAUAGAUUGAAAUCAUUGUAGAAGAGACCUUGCGUCUAAGUGCAAUAUUUUAAGUAAUCGGUUUUUUUUAUCAAAACUUAUUAGUGAAGUAACCACCGCUCUAGUGCUAGCCCAGUAUUCGUGUUUUUAUUCGGUGUGUGUUUCUUUCUGUGUAGCAGCGAUUCAUUGAAAGAAAUCAAAACUAAUCGACCCAACCCAAAAUCGUCACUGUGUUUUGGGCCAAUUAUUGAGUGUUUUAAUUUGUGAUUUUAAGUAUUCAGUGAAAUCAGUACCGUCUUUGACAUAAGAAAAAGUGGAUUAGUUUUAAGAUUUGAUUUGACGCCAGCUUGCUCUCACAAACCAUUAAAAGGAUAAAAAUCAAUACUUGAAAAUGACCUCGUCAUCGACCACCACCAAAACCAUUACCACACCCGCGAAGCUGUAUGGCAAAGAUCUGGGUGCAUACGAUGAUGUCGAUGUGGACGAGCUUCUGGCGCAGCUGUCGCCGGAAGAGAUCACCAUGCUAGCCAAGGAGGUCGAUCCGGAUGAUUCUUUCCUGCCACCAAGUCAGCGAACCAACUACGAAUGUACCAAGGAACCGACCGGUCCGCUGGAUCGGAAAAAGCUGAUAGAUCACAUCAAUAAGCAGGCAAUGGAAACGCCGGACCGACCGGAGUUGGAACCCUUCGUGCCAGGGUUGGUUCGCGGUAAAAAGUGGAUUCCACCGCCACAGGAGAAAAAGAUGCAGGAAGCCGAAGAGCAGAUCGCCAUCGAUCUGGGCGAUGAGUACGAGCACGCCCUGUCCGACGCAACCCAGGAGGAGAUCAUCGAUCUGGCUGCCAUCCUGGGCUUCCACUCGAUGAUGAACCAGGAUCAGUAUCAUGCGUCCCUGCUGAACAAGGGCCAACCGGUGGGGUUGGGCUGGGAUGGCAUCACCAAGUCGUCGAUCCAGAAGGUAUUCCCCGCGGAGGCACCGAACAACACCAACCCGGAGGAGAUGAUCAAGAGAAUAAAGGACGACGACAGCAAGCUGGUCGACGUGAACUUCAACAAUAUUAAGAACAUCUCCGAUGCUCAGUUCGAGCAGCUGUUCGAGGCCCUGCAGAACAACACCCAUCUGGAGGUGCUGUCCUUGACGAACACCGGCCUGACGGAUCGUACUGCCCUGCUGCUGGCGGCUGCCAUCGAGCGUAACCACACCCUGCGGGUACUGAAUGUGGAAACGAACUUCAUUAGUCCACCGGUGAUCGUAACGCUGGUCAAAUCCCUGCUCACUCAGAUGACUAUUGAAGAGUUCCGGGCCUCCAACCAGCGAUCACAAGUGCUGGGCAACAAAAUCGAGAUGGAAAUCACCGACUUGGUGGAAAAGAAUAUGACCUUGCUUCGGCUAGGUUUACACCUCGAAUUCAACGAUGCCCGUCAUCGAGUGGCUGCUCAUUUACAGCGCAACAUUGAUAGAAUACGCCAAUCACGACUGAAUCAGCGCAAGUAAAAUAGACCGUUGCUAGAAGUCGAACCGCGAUCGCUUACACUUACAGUUGAUCACACAUAUACAAAGCAAAUGAACCAUUUACAGUAUACCACGUUAAAGCAACACAUUACAAGAAGUAUUUAACACCGCAAACCUCACAAACAACAUCAAACAGUCACACACAACAGAAUACAUGUUUGCGUGUGUUCAUAAACCUGCGUCUGCGUGUGAGCUUCCCAUGUAUGUACAUGCGAUCUAUGUUGCCUGGUUUCGUGUGCGUUCAAGAAUGAUUGUCGCCUGCAAGCGUGUUUCACAUACACUUAAAAAAAACAAUAUCCACACUCCUACCAAACCACCACCACACAAAACCAAAACACCAAAACCGCCAAGCGCUACUCGAGUGUCUUCGUUUGUUUCUGUCGAAAUCUCUGUGUUGAUUCGUGUCUUACUGCCAGGGAGCAACAUCAUGUCAGAAACUUAAGAAAAAAGGCCGCAUGCAGCGCUUGGCAGGCCAUGGCAAUCGAGGAAACACCGCUGGAUUCAUCCGAGGUUAACAACAACCCCCCUGGAAGACCGCCGUUUGCAGUCAGUGACGAGCAUCAACUUGAGCGACCGACCCCCUGGCAGGCAGCUAGCCGAUCGUGUUCGUGUGUGUGCGUGAUAAUUUUAAAUUAGCUUGCCCAAUCCGAUGGAAAACAACUACAAUCGGUGCUUGUGUCCCAGUAGUGUUGCUAUGCGUUUUAGAUUUUUUUUUCUCUGACGAACCAAGUUUGCAAUAUGUAAUUCUUUGUACUGUAUCGUUAAAUUUUAAAGACAAUGUUCAGCAACAAACGAGCUGCUGCAAUGCCCUCUUAUGUAAUGUGUGCGCUGAUUCAAACAACGAUUUGUAAACUACUUAGUUACGUAUUUGAAUUUUCGCGUUAUAAUACCCUAUUAGAGUUAGAAAAAAAAGUAUAUUUAGUAAGACAGCUUGGACGGUCGCAGAAACGCGGUCGCGUUGGCGUAUAUUUUCAUCCUUUUCGCGUAAGAAAACAGAUCAAUGAUGAUUACCUAAACUCUUUUAUUUAUUCGAAUGUUUUAACUUUUAAUGAACGAAACAAAAAAAAAACAAACAAACUUUUACUUUAAUCUUUUUAUUAGUUGAUCAAAUUCAUUGUAACUUUGAUAGAAACUACACUGAAAAUGGAAGAAAAUGUUCUUUUUAAUCAUUUCAACGCAAAUUGAAAGAAACACUGCCCAUCGUGCUUCAAUGAACGAAACAAAGCAAAAAAAAAAAGAAAUAUUAGCUUCAUAUUAAUACAAACUAAAAAUGUGAUCAAAAUCGCAGCUGUUGUCCCAAUUUCAUGCAGAAGCUUUAUACAUUUUCCAUCACACACAACCAAUGUUAAUGAACAGUGGAAAUAAAUAUAUGCAUAA